AUGGAAAACCCCUUUGGCUCCCUGGAGACAAACAACUUCCGCCUUUUUACUCCUGAAUCUCUGGCUGCCAUUGAAAGGCUAAUUGAGGAGGGGAAACAUCAGAACAAGGUGAAGGAGAAGGAGCAUGAGGAGGAGGAAAAGAAAGAAUCAAAGGCCAAAGCUGAGAAGCCCCGACCCCAGCUAGACCUAAAGGCCUGCAACCAGCUGCCCAAGUUCUAUGGCGAGCUUCCCCCAGAAUUGGUGGGGGAGCCUCUGGAGGACCUGGACCCCUUUUACAGAAAUCACAGGACAUUUAUAGUCCUAAACAAAGGGCGGACUAUCUUCCGGUUCAGUGCAACCCGGGCUUUGGGGCUCCUCAGUCCUUUCCAUCCCCUCCGGAGAACUGCCAUCAAAGUAUCAGUCCACUCCCUGUUCAGUUUCUUCAUCAUGAUGACGAUUAUGGUCAACUGUGUUUUCAUGACCCAGAGUGAAACUCCACCGACUGUUGAGUAUGUUUUCACGGGUAUUUACACAUUUGAAUCCUUAAUAAAAAUAUUGGCCCGAGGAUUUUGUCUGAAUGAAUUUAGCUACCUUCGAGAUCCAUGGAAUUGGCUGGAUUUUAGUGUGAUUUCCCUGGCGUACAUUGCUGAAGUUACAGACCUGCGUGGGGUUUCAGCUCUGAGAACUUUCAGAGUGUUCCGGGCUCUGAAAACAGUUUCAGUGAUCCCAGGCUUAAAGGUCAUCGUGGGUGCCCUGAUCCACUCGGUGAAGAAGCUCGCGGAUGUGAUGGUGCUGACAGUCUUCUGCCUGAGCGUCUUUGCGCUCGUGGCCCUGCAGCUCUUCAAGGGAAACCUCAGGCACAAAUGCACGAAGAACUGCACAUUUCUUAACGUGACCAGCGAUCUCUAUGGUGAAAACAAGACAUGGGAUUUCUGCAAAAAUGACCCCGAUUACUUGGUGUACAAGAAUGGCACAAAGGAUUACCUACUCUGUGGCAAUGGCUCCGAAGCUGGGAGCUGUCCUGAAGGCUAUUUCUGCCUAAAGAUAGGAGGCAAUCCCGAUUUUAACUACACCAGUUUCGAUUCCUUUGGCUGGGCUUUCCUGGCUCUGUUCCGCCUGAUGACGCAGGAUUACUGGGAGCGGCUCUACCAGCAGACCUUGAGAGCAUCUGGGAAAAUUUACAUGCUCUUUUUCGUGCUUGUCAUUUUUCUGGGAUCCUUCUAUCUGGUCAAUUUGAUCCUGGCAGUUGUGACCAUGGCUUAUGAAGAGCAGAAUGAAACCACAAAGGCUGAAAUAGAAGCAAAGGAAAAGAAGUUUCAGGAGGCCCUUGAGAUGCUCAGGAAAGAGCAGGAGGUGCUGGCUGCCAUGGGGAUUGAUGCAGGCUCACUUCUUUCCUUUGAAAUGUCACCUCUAGCCUCCAAAAAUUCCAAAGAAAGAAGAAACAAGAUGAAUCAAAUGAAAUCUGAUGAUUCCAUAGAGGAUGCCAGCUAUCACCACCAGAGGAAGAUGUCUUUCCUUAGCAUUAACUAUGGUCCGAGUGGCAAUUCAGGCAAGAGAAGGUACAGCUAUGGAAACUUUAAUCUCAAAAGUCAAGAUGGUCCGGACUCUGUCUUUGCCGAUGAUGAGAAAAUCACCAAUAAGGAGAAUGAGAGUCGUCGGGGGUCCUUGCUUUUGUCACAUAUGGGGCAGCGCAUGAGCAUGCAGAACCAAAGGAUUACUUCAGAGGAAGCCAAAAAGAAGAAUUCGUUGGCAGCCCACACCUUGUCUGCAGAGUAUUUUGAUGAACCAUUCAGAGUGAAAAGGGCAGUGAGUGUAGUCAGUAUCAUUACUUCUGUCCUCGAAGAACUGGAAGAAUCUGAGCAGAGAUGCCCCCCUUGCUGGAUCCGCUUUGCUCAGAAGUAUCUAAUUUGGGAAUGCUGUGAGCCCUGGGUGAAGUUCAAAGAUCUGAUAUCAAAUAUCGUGAUGGACCCUUUCACAGAGCUUGCCGUCACCCUCUGCAUCGUGAUCAACACGCUGUUCAUGUCUAUGGAGCACUAUAAUAUGACCUCAUCCUUUUCUUCAAUGCUCCAAAUAGGCAAUAUAUUCUUCACAGUGAUUUUCACUGCUGAGAUGGUACUCAAGCUCAUUGCCUUCCAUCCCUACUAUUACUUCCAAAGGCCUUGGAAUAUCUUUGACAGCGUCAUUGUCACCUUGAGCCUGGUGGAGCUGGGUCUGCCCCAACGAGCCAGCUUGUCUGUGCUCCGUUCCUUCAGACUGCUGAGGGUCUUCAAGCUGGCCAAGUCCUGGCCAACCUUGAACAAUCUCAUCAAGAUCAUUGGCAACUCUGUGGGAGCCUUGGGCAACCUCACCCUGAUCCUAGCCAUCAUCGUCUUCAUCUUUGCUGUGGUUGGAAAGCAGCUGUUUGGAGAGAACUAUGUUAAGCUCCGUAAUGAAGUCACGGGGCAGUUGCCUCGUUGGCAUAUGCAUGACUUCUUCCAUUCUUUUCUCAUUGUGUUCCGAAUCCUCUGCGGGGAAUGGAUCGAGACCAUGUGGGACUGUAUGGAAGUGUCUGGGAUAUACAUGUGCCUCAUCGUCUUCUUAAUGGUGAUGGUGCUGGGGAACCUGGUGGUCCUCAACUUGUUCAUUGCUUUGCUGCUGAAUUCCUUCAGUGCUGACAACCUAGCCUCAGAAGAUGAUGGAGAACUGAACAACCUGCAGGUAGCCCUGGCCAGGAUCCAAAAGUUCAUGCAUCUCAUAGUGCAGGCCAUUCGGGACUUUUGGGGCAGAAAGCUCAGGACUUCAAAAGCCAAAGAAGAGAAGCAGAAGGUGAUGGUAAAAAUGGCCCUCUCCGAAUCAGGAGCCCCAAACCACAUGGCUGCCCAGGUGCUCACCAAUGUUGGCAGCAUCAAAGAUAACCCAGCUCCCAAUGGGCUGGCCUUGGAGUUGACCAUGUGCCCCACCAAUGACCCUGGAAAUGUCAUGGUAAACAGCAACAUGGAGAUCUCAGUCCCAAUGGCGGUGGCAGAAUCUGAUAUCGAAGAUGAGGAGGAGGAGGAGGAGGAGGAAGAGGAACCAAAUAGAGGAGAUGUCACGAGUUGCUCUGAAGGCAGCACUGUGGACAUCCCUGAUCCAGAGAUAAUACUGAAGAAAAUCACGGAUCUCAGAGAGAUCUUGGAGGAGCCCAAGGAUUGCUUCACAGAGGACUGCAUUAGGCUCUGUCCAUGCUGCACAGCAGACACAGGAAAGUUUCCUGGAUCUCUCUUCUGGAGCCUGAGGAAAACCUGCUACCGUAUUGUGGAACACAACUGGUUUGAGAGUUUUAUCAUCUUUAUGAUUCUGCUGAGCAGUGGAGCCCUGGCUUUUGAAGACAUUUAUCUGGAUGAGAGGCACACACUGAAAGCCAUCCUGGAGUUUUCUGACCUGGUGUUCACUUACAUCUUUAUCCUUGAGAUGCUGCUGAAGUGGGUGGCCUACGGCUUCAAGACAUACUUCACCAAUGCCUGGUGCUGGCUGGACUUCCUCAUUGUGGAUGUUUCAAUGAUAAGCCUCAUAGCAAAUACACUAGGCUACUCUGAUAUCGGUCCCAUUAAAUCCCUCCGGACUCUCCGAGCACUGAGACCUCUGAGAGCACUGUCACGAUUUGAAGGCAUGAGGGUGGUUGUAGAUGCCCUGGUUGGUGCAAUCCCUUCCAUCAUGAAUGUACUUCUGGUCUGUCUUAUCUUCUGGCUCAUCUUCAGCAUCAUGGGAGUGAAUCUCUUUUCAGGAAAAUUUGGCAGAUGCAUUAAUAUCACCCUAGGAGACUUCUCCCCUGUGAAUGUGUCGAUUGCCAAUAACAAGACCCAAUGUAAUGAGCAGAAUAGUUCAGGUCUCUUCUGGGACACUGUGAAAGUCAACUUUAAUAAUGUGGGAAUAGGUUACCUUGCUCUUCUGCAGGUGGCAACGUUUAAAGGGUGGAUGGACAUCAUGUAUGCUGCUGUGGAUUCCCGGAAGGUGGAGGAGCAGCCCCAGUGGGAGGCCAAUGUAUACAUGUACCUGUAUUUUGUCAUCUUCAUCAUCUUCGGGGGCUUCUUCACACUGAACCUCUUCGUUGGAGUCAUAAUUGACAAUUUCAAUCAACAAAAGAAAAAGAUAAGUGGUCAAGAUAUAUUCAUGACUGAAGAACAGAAGAAAUAUUAUAAUGCCAUGAAAAAACUAGGAUCCAAGAAGCCUCAAAAACCAAUCCCAAGACCUCUGAACAAAUACCAAGGCUUCGUGUUUGAUAUUGUAACCAGACAAGCCUUCGACGUGGCCAUCAUGGUCCUCAUCUGCCUUAAUAUGAUCACCAUGAUGGUAGAGACAGAUAACCAGAGUGAUGAGAAGACCAAAAUCCUCAACCGGAUCAACCAAUUCUUCGUUGCCAUCUUCACAGCAGAAUGUGUCCUGAAGGCGAUUGCCCUGAGACAUUACUAUUUCACCAGUGGAUGGAACAUCUUUGAUUUAAUUGUUGUGCUCCUCUCAGUGGCCAGCUUGGUGUUUUCAGGCAUCAUGAAGUCUCUUGAAAGCUAUUUCUCACCCACACUCUUCAGAGUCAUCCGCCUGGCCCGCAUCGGCCGCAUCCUCCGGCUGAUCCGAGCGGCCAAGGGGAUCCGCACGCUGCUCUUUGCCCUCAUGAUGUCCCUCCCUGCCCUCUUCAACAUUGGCCUGCUGCUCUUCCUGGUCAUGUUCAUCUACUCCAUCUUCGGCAUGGCCAACUUCGCCUACGUGAGGCAGGAGGCCGGGAUUGACGACAUGUUCAACUUUCAGACGUUCGCCAACAGCAUGCUCUGCCUCUUCCAGAUCACCACGUCUGCUGGCUGGGACGGGCUGCUCAGCCCCAUCCUCAACACCGGGCCCCCGCACUGUGACCCAGAUUCAGAAAACUCCACUAAGUCCAAAGGAAACUGUGGUAAUCCCACGAUAGGGAUCGCCUUCUUUGUCAGUUACAUCAUCAUCUCCUUCCUUAUCGUCAUCAACAUGUACAUAGCUGUCAUCCUUGAGAACUUCAAUGUGGCCACAGAAGAGAGCACAGAGCCACUGAGUGAGGAUGAUUUUGACAUGUUCUAUGAGACCUGGGAGAAGUUUGACCCGGAGGCCACUCAGUUCAUUACAUUUUCAGCCCUUUCAGAUUUUGCAGAUGCUCUGACAGGACCUCUGCGCAUUCCAAAACCCAACCAGAAUAUACUCAUCCAGAUGGACCUGCCUUUGGUCACAGGGGACAAGAUUCACUGCUUGGACAUCUUAUUUACCUUUACCAAGAGAGUACUGGGAGAAUCUGGGGAGAUGGACACACUCAAGGCACAAAUGGAGGAAAAGUUCAUGGCUGCUAAUCCUUCUAAAGUUUCCUAUGAGCCAAUUGCAAAUACUCUGAGAUCAAAACAGGAAAAUCUGUCUGCUGCCAUCAUACAAAGGGCCUACAGAAAUUAUCUCAUGCAACACUCCCUACGACAGGUCACCACUGUAUGUCCAAAUGAGGCUGGUGAACGUCUAUGUGAGCGGGCCACCGAAGAUGAAGGCUUGAUUGAAUUCAUGAUAAAGGAAAACAGUGAGCUUGCAGACAACUCAGAAACUGCAUCGACCAUGUCUUUCCCCCCAUCUUAUGACAGUGUCACCAGGGGGCUCAGUGAGGAGGGUCAGCUGGAUAUGCCCAACACUGGUCUAAAGGAGGAAGAUGCUAGCUAUGACCAGCUGUCUCAGGACUUGGACAAGGCAUCAUCAAUGUAGAACUCCACACAGGACUGAAAUCUGAUCAGCAGAAAUUCAUAUACAAUUCUGGAUGCAUCCUUAGCUUUUUUCUGACCACAGAUAGCCUCCCAGGCUCAGCCCACCUCUCAUAAAUGCAUGCCAAAGGCCUGUGGGGAGGGGGGUCUGGGAAAGAACAUGUGAAUAUCUCAGGACCACCAAUCCCUACUGGGGGAGAAACAAUCAGUCUGCCAGGAGAGGGCCAGGAGCACCAACUUCAUUUACAAAAAAA